GACAGAAAAACGCGAAAAAUGUCUGGUAGAGGAAAAACCGGAGGCAAAGCCAGAGCGAAGGCCAAGACCCGCUCCUCUCGUGCCGGGCUCCAGUUCCCCGUCGGCCGUGUCCACAGGCUGCUCCGCAAAGGAAACUACGCUCAGCGGGUCGGUGCCGGAGCUCCGGUGUACCUGGCGGCCGUGCUGGAGUACCUGACCGCUGAAAUUCUGGAGCUGGCUGGAAACGCUGCCCGCGACAACAAGAAGACUCGGAUCAUCCCCCGCCAUCUGCAGCUGGCCGUCCGCAACGACGAAGAGCUAAACAAGCUGCUGGGCGGAGUGACCAUCGCUCAGGGCGGCGUGCUGCCCAACAUCCAGGCCGUCCUGCUGCCCAAGAAGACCGAGAAGCCCGCCAAGAAAUAAACACCCGGAACCGGCUUCAACCAAACUAACA